CCUGCCCAUACCGGAAGUUGUACCUACGUCGGACUUGACUUCGGGCAAAGCAGCAAAUCGGUGAAAAGGAAAUAUAAAAUAUACAAUCGGUAGAAAAUAAGAACUGCAGAGUUGGGAUUCGGCGUCUAUAUCAAAGACCAACUUCUUCCCCACGAUCGUUGUCUUCACAUUUUCUCCGAAAACGUUGAGUUCUUAUUCCUGUUUUCGGCCUGGUUCUGUGUAACUGGGAAGAAUACACGCUUCUACUAUACCCCAGAGAGAGUGAGGAGGAGUGAGUGUUUGAGACCCACUCUCUCCAUGUGUGUGACUAUGGGAGACAUUAGUGAUCUGGACCGACAGAUAGAGCAGCUACGACGCUGUGAGCUCAUCAAGGAAAAUGAAGUCAAAGCACUUUGCGCCAAAGCCAGGGAGAUUCUGGUUGAGGAGAGUAACGUUCAGAGGGUAGACUCUCCCGUCACGGUGUGCGGCGAUAUUCACGGACAGUUUUAUGAUCUGAAAGAGUUGUUCAGAGUCGGAGGUGAUGUUCCAGAGACAAACUACCUAUUCAUGGGAGACUUUGUUGACAGAGGUUUCUACAGUGUGGAGACAUUCCUCUUGCUUCUAGCCCUUAAGGUACGGUAUCCAGACAGAAUCACCCUAAUCCGGGGGAACCAUGAGUCGCGGCAGAUCACCCAGGUCUAUGGCUUUUAUGAUGAGUGCCUUCGCAAGUAUGGCUCAGUCACCGUGUGGCGAUACUGCACCGAAAUAUUUGACUACCUGUCUCUCUCCGCUAUUAUUGAUGGCAAGAUUUUUUGCGUGCAUGGUGGCCUGUCUCCCUCCAUCCAGACCCUGGACCAGAUCCGAACUAUUGACAGGAAACAGGAAGUGCCCCACGAUGGACCCAUGUGUGACCUGCUGUGGUCAGACCCUGAAGACACCACAGGAUGGGGGGUUAGUCCAAGAGGGGCAGGCUACUUGUUUGGUAGUGACGUGGUGGCCCAGUUCAACGCAGCCAACGAUAUUCACAUGAUUUGCCGGGCCCACCAGCUGGUCAUGGAGGGCUACAAGUGGCACUUCAACGAGACAGUGCUCACUGUGUGGUCUGCACCCAACUACUGCUAUAGAUGUGGCAAUGUGGCGGCCAUUUUGGAGCUGGAUGAGCACCUGCAGAGGGAGUUCAUUAUAUUCGAGGCAGCUCCACAGGAGACCAGAGGCAUCCCUUCCAAAAAACCAGUGGCUGACUACUUCUUGUGAGCUCUCAUAGGACUGCGUUCUAGCCCUUAUUUUUAUUUUUUUAUGAUGCCUGUGUGUUGGUUCCACCUCUAACCAGCCCUCUCCUGAACUUGCCUCUUGAUAGUCAUUUGAAGCUAUCAUACCUGAGUUGAAAUCAUUUUAAAUCCUUUUGAAGACAUUGAACACUAAUUUGAGCCUGUCCAGAAUGCCAGGUGGGCAUAGUUUGGACCGUAGGACUAUUUCCAUGGUUCAAUUGUGUCAGAUGAGCUCCAAUAAUCUUUAGUGAAAUUAAAAUAUUU